AUGGAUUACCUUCGAGCAAAGAAAAUAUCAACCCCUAAAAAUCCUGCUACUCUAUCGAAAAUGAGUUCAAAUGAAACAAAUAGUUUCAAACAUCUUGUCCAACAUCUGGGACUGACUGAGGAAAUCUUCCCUGUUAUAAAAGAAUCGUUCGUGUCACAUUGCAGUGAAAUUGAUAUGGACGGCAGCAAUGGCUAUGCCAUCUUUCUUCGCCACAACAACGCAUCAAGAAGCGUCACCGCCUUUGCCUUCGGAACAUAUAUUUAUGAUUCCGAAGUGUUUCGACUAAAAUUAGUGCUUUACAAUAACAUGCAAGAUCAUUAUGGUAGUUCAAAUUUGCUCGAUGUUGGUAUAAUCAACGAAGAUGUUGAGACUUCUCAAUUUAUACCGUCAUAUAUCUCUUUCGAAAGAUCCACACUUUCUCUUUUCUUUGGCUAUUCUGUCGGGUCACAGGGUAUCACAAUUAACGGAAAGGGGAACAAUGAUAAUUAUAAUGGGUAUUACUGGAAACAUGGUGAUAUAAUUGAGCUGUUGCUGGAUUGCGACGCAACAAUGUUAUUUCUCAACACUCCAACUGGCAAACAAUUUCAGUUGAACUAUCCAAGUGGACAAAAUUUAGACCAUUUGUCAGUUUAA